CUCCCGCACACUAGGUGGCGGAAUACAGUUAAACUCUAAUACGUCACAACAACAGAAAGAAGAAGAAAACGGGAAGAAACCCCUCAACUUCGCUGUUUUUGCUUCUGUAAGCAGGAAAUGGACACGCGGUUCACUCGGGGAAAGUCCACCAUUCUGGAGCGACCGCUGAGCCGGCCCAAGACAGAAGUGAGCCUGAGCACCUUCGCCUUGCUGUUCUCAGAGAUGGUCCAGUACUGUCAGAGCCGCGUGUACUCGGUGACAGAGCUGCAGACGCGCCUCGCCGAGAUGGGUCAGCGCGUGGGGGCCAGCAUGCUGGACGUGCUGGUGCUGAGGGAGAAGAACGGGAAGAGGGAGACCAAAGUGCUCAACAUGCUGCUCUUCAUCAAGGUUAACGUGUGGAAGUCCUUAUUUGGUAAGGAGGCCGACAAGCUGGAGCAGGCCAAUGACGACGACAAGACCUAUUACAUCAUAGAGAAAGACCCGCUCAUCAACGCGUACAUUUCUGUGCCCAAAGAGAACAGCAGCUUGAACUGUGCGGCCUUCACGGCCGGCGUGGUGGAGGCCAUCCUCACACACAGCGGCUUCCCCGCCAAGGUCACCGCUCACUGGCACAAGGGCACCACGCUGAUGAUAAAGUUUAAUGAGUCGGUCAUAGCCAGGGACAAGGCUCUGGAUGGCAGAUGAAGACUUAUGAAACAGACCUGCAACGGUUCUGAUCCAGGAAAUACAACUGCCAGUGAUCCUGGUGUACAGAGGUCCAAAGCUGACUAACUGAUGUGAUGUGAAGAGAGGAAAAGAAGCAUUUUGUUGGUUUUGUGGACCAUCUUUAGUGUGUUGUACUUAUUGGCAUGUGUGAUUGUUUGCUUGCAUUCUGAGUCUUAUUAAACAUAAAAUAAAUAUUACAAUGAA